AUGUGUUCACGGUGGCGAGUCACGCAGACCCAGAAAGAAGUGAAGCUGAGGUCACCUUGGCUCUUUAAACUGGAUGAGCUCAGACUGAGCACAUCCGUUGCUGGCUGCAGUGGGACAGAGCCGUUGGGAUCGCGGAGCAAACGCUACGCCAUCAACCCUCUGGGACAGAAGUGGACACAUCAUAACAUCACCUACAGGAUCACACACUUCUCAAACACUCUGAACGUGGCGGACACAAGGAAGGCCAUCAGCAUCGCCUUCACCAAGUGGAGCGACGUCUCCCCGCUCACCUUCACCGAGGUCACCGAAGGCAGUGCCUCUGCUGACAUCACCAUCGGUUUCUACACCUUCAACCACACUGACUGCUGGGGGUCUCCUCUGCACCCCUGUUUCGACGGGCUGAACGGGGAGCUGGCUCAUGCCUUCCUGCCCCCCCGUGGGGAGAUUCACUUUGACAACCAUGAGUUCUGGAUCCUCGGCAAGUCCAGGUUCAGCUGGAAGCAAGGAGUCUGGCUCAACGACCUGGUUCAGGUGGCUGCUCAUGAAAUCGGCCACGCUUUAGGUCUUUGGCACUCUAGAGACCCUCAGGCCCUGAUGCACCCCAAUGCCACCUACACGGGUCAGAGGAACAUCGCCCAGGAUGACGUGUGGGGCAUCCAGCAGCUCUACGGCUGUCUGGAUAAAAAACGGGUUUGUGAUCCGUGGGCUCGCCUCGGGUUCUGUGAGAGGAGGAAGUCCUUCAUGAAGAAGAACUGUCCUCAGCGCUGUGACCUUUGCUACGAGCCCCUGGAAAUGGUUGCUACACCAACGCCACCUCCGUCCAAUGUCAAGGUCAAGAUGGUUCCCCGAGGAAAGGUGGUGGGCUUCCGCUGUGGAACCAAACACUCCAGGUCCCCACCAAAAGUGAGCUGGUACAAGGAUGGCGAGCAGAUCCUGACCUCCGUCCCCGGCUACAUCAUCAUCAAAGACCAAGACCUCCGGAUUCUUGCCAAUGAGUUCAACGAGGGUGUUUACACAUGCCGCGUCCAUCGUCUUGGAGACGUGGUGUCUGCCAACUCCUGGUCCAUCCGCCUGAAACCUGAACAGUCGUCCAACAGUUGAACCCGACCGGGACAACGUGAGGAGGGACGGACAGCAAAGUGUCUUCAGGCGGUGCCGGAGCCUUCAGCUGGACCAAACCUGCUCCUGGUGUUCACGAGUGGUUGUUGGUGCUCGUGGGUUUGAUCCUGGAACAGGAGCUCUGGAGCCACAGCAGA